CUGCUGGGCGGUGCGGAGGGCUGCGCCGUGCUGCGCGCCCAGCGACACUUGCCUUGUCCCGCGGGGCUGGAGAUGCUCCCGUCGAACGCCUUCGCCGACGAUGUGCUGCGCGUCUUCGGGGCCAACCGCAGCCUGUCGGCCGCGCAGCUGUCCGCGCUGCUGCACCGGCUGGGCGCCGCUCCGGAUCUCGGCGCCGUGCUGCCGCUCACCCACCUGCACCACAACCAGUGCUUGACUGGUGAGGAAAUUUUUUCAUUGCAUGGGAUACCGAACAACAGUCUCGUAUCAUACUUGAACUUCUCCACAAUAUGUCCUGCUGUUUUGCAACAGCUCAUUUUUCACCCUUGUGAUGAUCAGGAAAAUUUUGUGGAUACAUCUAAACCACAUUCUUUACAAGUUUGGGGAUUUGGGUUCCUGGCUGUGACUAUCAUUAACUUGGCAUCACUUCUGGGAUUGAUUUUAACUCCCCUAUUAAAGAAGUCAUAUUUUCCCAAGGUUUUAACCUACUUUGUGGGCUUGGCCAUCGGUACUCUCUUUUCUAAUGCAAUUUUCCAGCUCAUUCCAGAGGCAUUUGGGUUUGACCCAAAAGUAGAUAACUAUAUUGAGAAAGCAGUUGCGGUGUUUGGUGGAUUCUAUAUUCUGUUCUUUGUGGAAAGGAUUCUUAAAGUCAUAUUGAAGAUCUAUAACCAGACUGGCCAUAAUGACUCUGAAAACAGCGGACAGAAUCGUUCUCAGGAGAAGACUAACCCACCCAAACCACUGUCAUCCAGCAAUGGGGGAACAUGUUAUGCAAAUUCAGCCGUCAUAGAGAGCAAUGGAAAUCUUGGUUUCGAUAGCAUCAGUGUGGUCUCAGCACAGGAAGAAGCCACCCAAGCCAAUUUAUGCAAGUGCCUUACUGGGCGUCCGCUGUCAAAGAUUGGCACCAUUGCUUGGAUGGUAACACUGAGUGAUGCCGUACAUAAUUUCAUAGAUGGUUUGGCUAUUGGUGCCUCUUUCACUUUGUCUCUGUUUCAAGGGCUUAGUACCUCCAUAGCCAUCUUGUGUGAAGAGUUUCCUCAUGAACUGGGGGAUUUUGUCAUCUUGCUUAACGCAGGAAUGAGUACUCGGCAGGCUCUGUUUUUCAAUUUUCUGUCUGCAUGUUCCUGUUACAUUGGGUUGGCGUUCGGUAUAUUAGUAGGCAACAACUUUGCUCCUAACAUCAUCUUCGCUGUAGCUGGUGGAAUGUUCCUGUACAUCUCUUUGGCAGAUAUGUUUCCAGAGAUGAAUGAUAUGCUGCGAGAGAGAGUGACAGGAAGAAAGAUGGAUCUGACAUUCUUCCUUAUUCAGAAUGCUGGUUUAUUAACAGGGUUUACUGCUAUACUGAUGAUUACCUUGUAUGCAGGAAAUAUUGAGCUGUGAUAAUGCAUGUGAAAAUGGAAUCAGUACUGAAGACAUCAAGUAAAUUACAAAUGGAAGACACUUGAAAUGCAUAAAGGGACAUUCUUUUAAUCUACUUGGUUUCAAAAUGGUGACAAGUCCUGUCCUGUCCCCUUUGCUCCAAAUAUGGGAAAUUCUUCUUUAGGACUUGCAGCCAAUCCAAAUAGUAGAAGCUGUCAACUUCUGUACUAUGCCAAAGAACAGAUUCUAAUGUUUGUAUUUCUACUUAAAAUUAUCAGACAUACCUGAACUGUCACAGAGAAAGAAUGUUACUUGGCCAGUAGAAUUAUGCAAUACUUGCAGCUCAAGACCAAAUGAAAGCUGAGGUCUUUCAGGGAAGAUGCUUAUUUAAAAGAAAAUAAUGGAGUCUCAUAUCCUUUUUUAACUGUGAUGAAGGCAAACAGUUUUCAAACUAGUUAAUUUUCAUUACUCUUUUUUUAUAGGAUUUGUCUGUGUAGCAUCCUCUUUCCCCACCAAAAAAGAAUUAUUAAUUAUAAAAAAUCAAACUCUUUCAGAGUAGGUACUAAUGAAGCUAAGAUUUUUAAUUACUAAUUACACUGGAAGGAAAGAUACCAGUUACUGCUUUUGAUCUUUUCUCUUUAUAAGUGCACUAGGGAAUUGUUGAUUUAUUUUGAGAACCACUUUUCUGAAUUAGAGGGAACCUGUGUUAAAUUUAUGGCAAUUUAUAACUCCAUAAAAUUUUAGAAAUAUUGAGUAUUUUUAAAAAUGUUCAAGCAUUCUGUAUUUUAUAAGAAAUGUUUUCUACUGAAGUUCCACAAAUAUCCCUUUUAAAAAUGAAUGUUUUAGGCUAAAGUUUUUAAAGAUUAAAUGUUAGUUUUACAAAGUGAGAUUUAGAAAAAAAAUUGCUAAAAUCAACAUUCCAGUAAGCUUUUUUGUAAUUGGAAUAAUUUCCUUGUGUGCAGCUGGGUGAAAGUAAGUGAUACUGAAAUAUACAAACUCUGAUCACAGUCUGUUGCAUGUGAGCUUUCUGAAAUCAUGCUUAUAUGUAUGAGUUCUUCUGAAAUAAACAAUUCAGCUAUUC